GCACACCUUUCUCUGGCGAGCGGCGUGAUUCGCCGCGUGUGCCUCGCGUAGUAGAAUGGCAGUGAGAUACCGCUUUGCGCACGCUCAAGCGGACCACAUCGGCCGCAUUCCGUUUGAGGGUGCUCACAUCUUCGUUCACGAGCUCAAGUACGCCAUAGCCGAGAAGGAGAAGAUUCCCGUGCACGAGAUAGAGCUGAGGGAUGGAGAGGGCGGCAAGGAGCUGACGGGUGGCGACAAGGUGCCCAACAACUCCACCGUGGUCAUCAAGAGGGUGCCUUCGAGGAAGAGGGAGACACUCCACGUCAAGGCCGAGAAGUUUCUGGUGAGAGGGGAGGCGGGAGAGAAGCCAGGGAGCGAGACACACGUCAGGCAGGGGGCAUUCCAGUCAGCGACAGAACAAAGCACAGACUGGUGUGGUGUGCGUGACGUCAUUCGUGUCUCGUGCAGGUUGAGGAUGUGCCUGAGAAGGAGGAGGCAGUGGAGCCUCAGGAGGAGGAGAAGCGACCCCUCCCGGCCGAGUACCUCUGCCCACUCUGCCACAACCCGUACCGGGAUGCCGUCCAGGUCAAGUGUGAGCAGUUCGCACAGUGUGGAGGCAAGUCCGCCUGCCGCAAAUGUAAGCGUAUGGCAACGACUGAAUGACACGAUACCGUCAGGGGAAGGAAGGACAGCAGGGUGACCUGAUGGUGGCUGUGUCGUGUGCCGUUGUCGCUCAGGUGUUGACGAGUACGUCAAGAAGCAUCGCAGCUGCCCCUUCUGCAGCUCAGGAUUCCGCGGCGCCAUCCCCAACAAGGCACUCCGCGACGCCAUGAACAAACUCGACCUGAGCAAGUUCAUCCUCCCCACGCCAGACAGGCUCUCGCCGCACGACCCAUCCAAGGCUCGCGGCGCAUCUUCUGGGCCGCAGGGCAACCACGCACUCCCCACACAGCAUUUCCCCGCCCAUCAGCAUGACGUGAUGCGUCCAUCGCCGGCCGGCAGCACGCCGCACAAUGGUGUGUUCGGCCACCAGCGCGGCCCGUCGCCGUUCAUCCCUCCCCCUCCGUCGCAUCCCCCGCCCCCCUCCUCCCCUGCCCCCUCUCCCUAUGGCGGUGUCGUCUUGGUGGCGGCCAUGGACAACCUCAAGAUGGCGCAGCAGAUCGACCAGUGGGUCAUCGACAGCUCCCAGGCCAGCACCAUCCUGGACCUCUUCAAGGGCAAGGGUGGUGCCGGUCGGCUGUUUCUCGCUCUCGGCCUGUCUGUGAGCAAGGAGGGCAAGCCAUCGCCCUACCUGCUGGCCGCCGGCUACGGCACUCUACGCGAGCAGUCAGACCCCUCCCGCGACAGCCAGCCGCUCAUCGAGACGUGGUGCCAGAACGACGGGGACACCACUGGAGAUAGCAGUGGUAGGGGGGGCAAGACGGUGGUGGUGCUGGACUGGACACUCAAGUACGAGUUUGGCGUGCAGAUCCCCACCAGUGCGCCCUGUCUAGGCGUGGUGAUGCACUCGCAGCUGGCGACGGCCGAGGGGUUGAAGAAGGGUGGUGGAGAGGUGCUGGCUGACGCGCGGCAGGUCGACAAGAUGGCGAGCUACAUGAGGAACACGGGCAAGGGGCUGGCCAGGACAGAGAAGCCCGGAGCGGGGGCGGGGGGAGGGGGAGGGCCAUUGCACCCGCCACAAGCACCUGGCGCCUUCAUGCAUGUGAGAGAGAGGGCGGCACUGCACUGAACCACAAGAUUGAAACAAACGGACAUCAGAUCAGCUGUCAUUCAUGUCGACUGUCAUCCCGUUUGUGCAGAGUGGUCCUGUUGGUUCGAAUGGGUAUCGUCCGCCUCCCUAUGGCGGCUAUCACGGUCGCUAUCCCCCUCCGCCCCCGCCCCCACCACUCCCGCCACCGCCUCCCCCUCCACCAGACGCAAUGCCACAGCAGCCGGCCGCCGCCUACGGCUACUCCGGACCGCCCCCGGUGUCCGAUGAGCAGCUCAAGGCACUCAAGAAGCAGUAUAAGAGGUGAGAACUGAAUGACGGGCGAGGGAGAAACACGGCUUCGUGCAUGUAUGGUGUUGCGUGUAGGUACUGGCGUGAGAUGGCCCGUCGUCAGCGUGCUGAGGAUUCUAGUGACAGCUCCAGCUCCAGCGGCGACAGCCAUGACGAAAAGUGAGCACCAACAUGCCCACACAUCAUCACACCAGAGCCACUCGGCUCACCUGCAUCUCUGUGUGCAGGAAGAAGUCCAAGCGUCGCAAGAAGCGCAAGAAGAGCAGCAAGAAGGGCGACGACGCCCAGCAGCAGGAGGGCGAGGCCGCUUCCCAGGACCCGAAACCCGAGACCAAGGAGACCACUCCCAACGGCGUGGCGGUCAAGUCAGAGGAGCGCACGGACGUGGCCAUCAAGCAAGAGUACGGUGCUGCUGUAGCUGACCCUGGCCGUCCUGUGUCAGGGUCCAACCCCCGCAGCCAGUACCCGAGCAAUGGGGGCGGCGAUGGGGGCUAUGGGUAUCCCCCGUCUCGGGGUGGAUGGGGAGACUCUGGAGGCCAUCCGGACAGGUGGGCAACAGACACGAAACAGGGAGAGGAGAGACAGACAGACAGACGGUGGAUGGAUGGAUGGAUGGGUUACCCGCAGGUGGUAUGGCCACUACCCGGAUCAGCGAGGUGGCGGGCCGCACUAUGGGGGCCCUGACAGGCACGAGUGGUACGUGAAAGCGACCCACUUCACUCCCCACCCUUUACCUCAUGUUCAUGCUCUUCUCUUUGGUCGUUUCAAUCAGGUCAUCGUACGACAAUUACGGGUAUGGCGGCGGCCCUGCCCCGCCCCCAUCGCACCACCAUCCCCACCACGGCUAUCCUCAGCACUACGGUGGCCGUGGCCAUGGUCGGGGUGGGGGCGGCGGCCACUCGCGUUAUCCCCAUUACGGCGGCAGUCAUCACGAGAGCUACCGAGCGGCGCCUUACCACACAGGUGUGUUAGUGUAGGCUAGACAGGACGUCGUGUGCGUGUCUGUGGAUGUGGAUGAGUGAUAGUAGCGUAGCAGUGCAUGUGGUGUGAUGUGUGAUGUGCUAUUAUGGUGUCGCGGGACCGCUGUCUCGCAAGUGACGCCUGGUCUGGAGGACAUCCAUGUGUUAGUAGUGAGUGUGGUGCGCAUUUCGUGACUGUGCGAAAGACUGUCAUUCCUCUGCGCGGCGACUGAAUCGAAAAGAAGGAAACGAACAAGUGCCCAGCCAGCCCACAAGACUGGAUGGACGGGACGUUGCACUGCACGCUCUAUGCUGUCUGGACCUCUCUGUAGACGGAUGUCUGUGUGGUCACCCUCUCCCCCUGCCGUGAUGGAUGGGCCAAUUUGAGCAUUCAUCAUGUGCACAGUCAUAUAUCCUUUUUGCGCACAUCCGAUCCGCACCAUGCCAUGCGAGAGACAGACAGACAGGGACACAAUCAGUACAGUGGGCUGGUUGGCAUUUGAUAUAUGGGAAGGCAGGCAGGCAGGCAGGCAGGCAUGAUCAGAGAGGAACACGCCAUCGGCGAUUUUCUACUGACGUCUCGCGGAUGGAUGGAUGGAUGGCAAAGAACUCUGAGACAUUCAUUGAUCUGUGGACAUUUUGACGUUCUGAUGUGAUGUGCGCUUCGUUGGUGCUGCCUGACUCUCGUCACGUCCGAACUCGCGAGCACUCGCACACAGAUGCUUCGCGCACCCAGGCUACGCACUCACAGACAUCCAUACGUAGGGUGCACAGACAGCACACACAGCACACGGCUGACAAAUUCACACCGAGGGCUGGCAUGGCAUGGCUGUCCUUCCUUACCUUACCCGUGAUAUCUAUCUAUCGUUUUGUGUGCUUUGCGCGUGAUUGUCGCCUGCUUGCUUGCCUGGAUGGAUGGAUGGACGUGUCGUGCCCAUUUCAACCGUACAUGCAG